AUAGACGAGAACUUGGAGGUGGUGCGCUUCCUGGUGCAGCAGGGCGCCACCGUGAACCAGGCGGAUAACGAGGGCUGGACGCCCCUGCACGUGGCCGCCUCCUGCGGGUACCUGGACAUUGCCAGGUACCUCCUGAGCCACGGGGCCAACAUCGCCGCCGUCAACAGCGAUGGGGACCUGCCGCUGGACCUGGCCGAGUCGGACGCCAUGGAAGGGCUGCUGAGGGCGGAGAUCGCCCACCGAGGGGUGGACGUGGAGGCGGCUAAGCGGGCUGAGGAGGAGCUGCUGCUUCACGACACAAGGUGCUGGCUGAAUGGGGGCGCCAUGCCGGAGGCCCGGCACCCCCGCACCGGAGCCUCUGCCCUGCACGUGGCCGCCGCUAAGGGCUACAUCGAAGUGAUGAGGCUGCUUCUUCAGGCUGGCUACGACACAGAGCUCCGGGAUGGGGACGGCUGGACUCCCCUGCACGCCGCGGCCCACUGGGGCGUGGAGGAUGCCUGCCGCCUUCUGGCCGAGCAUGGUGGGGGCAUGGACUCACUGACCCACGCGGGCCAGCGCCCCUGUGACCUCGCGGACGAGGAGGUCCUGGCGCUGCUGGAGGAGCUGGCCCAGAAGCAGGAGGCCCUGCGGAGCCAGAAGGAGGCCUCUCAGAGCAGGGGCCCCGAGUCACAGGGCCCCUCUGGCAGCAAACACCGCAGGAGCUCCGUGUGUCGGCUGAGCAGCCGCGAGAAGAUCUCCCUCCAGGACCUGUCCAAGGAGCGCCGGCCGGGGGGCGCGGGAGGGCCCCCCAUCCGGGACGAGGACGAGGGAGAAGAAGGUCCCAUGGAGUCUGCCCCUGCAGAAACCAGAGCCCUCAAUGGAGUCUCCUCCCCGGCCCCCUGCACCCCUAAGAGCCCCACAGUGAGUCUGGGGCCGCCCGAAGAGACCCCCUUUCCUAGGCGCUUCGGCCUCCAGAAGACAGGGAGCUCAGGCGCCCUGGGCCCCCCAGAAAGGCGGGGUGCCGAGGGAGCCCCUGGGGCCGGGCUGCAGCGCUCAGCCUCCUCCUCUGUGCUGGAAGGGACCACCACUCAGGCCAAGGAGCUGCGUCUUGCCAGAAUCGCCCCCUCCCGGAAGGUUUCACUUCCUCCUCCCUCAGUCGGUGCUUAAAUGUCACCUCCUCCAUGCAGCCCACCAUGAUCCUUGGAUAACUCUACUCCCCUUUCACGCAGGAUUCCGGAGCCUGAGCCCCCAGUGAAGCCAAAUGCCCCCCCAGCCUCCACAGCACCCCCAGCCGACUCCAGGGACCGCCGGAAGUCCUACCAGAUGCCGGUGCGCGACGAGGAGUCGGAAUCCCAGCGUAAAGCCCGUUCCCGCCUCAUGCGCCAGUCUCGGAGGUCCACACAGGGGGUGACCCUGACGGACCUGAAGGAGGCAGAGAAGGCCGCAGGGAAGGCCACGGAGCCGGAGACGCCCACCCCGCAGAGCCUGGACCCGACCCGGAGACCCCGAGUCCCUGGGGUCGAGAACUCUGAGGGCCCUGCACAGAGAGAGGCGCCCGACGGGCGGGGACCAGGACCACAGGCGGCCAAGGAGCUGCGCAAAGUCGCCAAGGAGCGCAGGGGGCCUGCCGAGGGGGAGGAGGCGGAGCUGGCGGAGCGGAGCGCGGACUCCAGCGUUCCGGACGGCCCCGUGUCCCGCCGGCAGCGCCCCCGGCGGGACGUCCACCCAGAACCUGAAGCAGAGCCGGAGGAGGAGCCGGACGCAGGUUUUAGGAAGCUGUAUGCAGAGCUGCGCGUGGAAAAUGAGCGGCUGCGCGAGGCCCUGACCGAGACGACGCUGCAGCUGGCGCAGCUCAAGGUGGAGCUGGAGCGCGCCACGCAGAGGCAAGAACGCUUCGCCGAGAGGCCUGCCCUGCUCGAGCUGGAGAGAUUCGAGCGCCGGGCCCUGGAGCGGAAGGCCGCCGAGCUGGAGGAGGAGCUGAAGGCCCUGUCGGACCUCCGGGCUGACAACCAGCGGCUCAAGGAUGAGAACGCAGCCUUGAUCCGCGUCAUCAGCAAACUCUCCAAGUGA